UUCCCUUCUCUUCUCUUCUCUCUCUCUCUAGCGAUUCUACCAUUUCUCUCUCCAAUCUCUCUCCACCCAAUAUCUUACCCCCCAAAAUAUUCUGCUACCAGCUGCUGAAUUUCCGAGCAGAGGAAUCCGUUUGCAGUAGGAUUUUCAGAGGAUUUUGAACUCCGGACACAGGCAUACUAUAUACUCUCAGAUUAUUCUGUAUGGAAUCCUGGAAAGUAUUCAUGCUAUAAACUAGUUUUAAUAUUUGACUAGAAGAUUGGAGCCCGCAUCAACUGUUCAAAAUCUGAACGGUUCUAUUUUUGGGGUUUCAAAAAAAUGCUGAAUUAUAGUCUUUUGAUCCUGGAUUGGUGAAAUUGAUAGCUUUGCUGACAGUGACCAUCUUGUUUCAAAUUAAAAGUUUUAUGGCAGCUUCAAAUGAAAAGUGGAUUGAUAGUUUGCAGUUUUCCUCAUUGUUUUGGCCGCCUCCGCAAGACACAGAACAAAGGAAGGCUCAAAUUACUGCUUAUGUUGAGUACUUUGGCCAAUUCACCUCAGAGCAAUUUCCUGACGACAUAGCAGAGCUCAUCCGAAGUCGAUAUCCAUCGAAGGAGAGAAGACUUUUUGAUGAUGUUCUUGCAACAUUUGUUCUUCACCAUCCAGAGCAUGGCCAUGCUGUUAUUCUGCCAAUUAUUUCAUGUAUUAUCGAUGGCACAUUUGAAUAUGAUCGGAGUGAUCCCCCAUUUGCUUCUUUCAUUUCUCUCGUUUGCCCCAACAGUGAGAAUGAGUUUUCAGAGCAAUGGGCCCUUGCGUGUGGGGAAAUAUUAAGAAUUUUGACACAUUACAACAGACCUAUUUACAAGGUGGAAUGUCAGGAAAGUGAAACAGAUAGAAACAGCAGUGGAAGCCAUGCUUCGACUUGUAAAUCAACUGAUGAAGAAUCUUCAUUGCCUCCCACGCAACCAGAGAGGAAACCAUUUAGGCCAUUGUCUCCAUGGAUAACCGAUAUAUUGCUUGCUGCACCUCUUGGUAUUAGAAGUGAUUAUUUUCGAUGGUGUGGAGGUGUUAUGGGAAAAUAUGCAGCCGGAGAACUCAAGCCACCUUCAACUGCAUCUUCUGGAGGAUCUGGAAAGCACCCCCAGCUUAUGCCAUCAACUCCACGAUGGGCUGUUGCUAAUGGGGCUGGAGUUAUACUUAGUGUGUGUGAUGAGGAAGUUACUCGUUAUGAAACAGCUACCUUGACUGCAGCAGCUGUCCCUGCACUUCUACUUCCUCCGCCAACAACACCUAUGGAUGAGCAUCUUGUGGCUGGUCUUCCAGCACUUGAACCCUAUGCACGUCUGUUCCAUAGGUACUAUGCAAUUGCUAGUCCGAGUGCCACACAAAGGCUGCUUCUUGGAUUACUUGAGGCUCCACCAUCCUGGGCUCCAGAUGCACUUGAUGCUGCCGUGCAACUAGUGGAACUUCUUCGAGCAGCAGAAGACUAUGCCACAGGAAUGAGGCUUCCAAGAAAUUGGAUGCACUUGCAUUUCUUACGAGCAAUUGGGAUUGCAAUGUCUAUGCGAGCUGGAAUUGCUGCAGAUUCUGCAGCUGCUUUACUUUUUCGAAUACUUUCUCAACCUGCUUUACUUUUUCCUCCACUAAGACAUGUUGAUGGUAUUGAAGUUCAGCAUGAACCUCUAGGUGGUUAUAUCUCAUCUGAACGUAAGCAGCAAAGAGAGUUGCCUGCAGCCGAAGCUACAGUAGAAGCAACUGCUCAAGGGAUUGCUUCGAUGCUUUGUGCACAUGGGCCAGAAGUUGAAUGGAGGAUAUGUACGAUAUGGGAAGCUGCAUAUGGUUUGAUUCCUUUGAGCUCAUCGGCUGUUGAUCUUCCUGAGAUUAUAGUUGCAACUCCUUUGCAACCUCCUAUACUAUCAUGGAACUUAUACAUUCCUCUUCUUAAAGUACUUGAGUAUCUUCCUCGUGGAAGUCCAUCUGAAACCUGUCUAAUGAAGAUAUUUGUUGCUACUGUUGAAGCAAUACUGCAGAGGACGUUUCCGCCUGAGUUUUCUAGAGAACAAAUUAGAAAAACUAGAUAUAUAUUUGGUUCUGCAUCGAAGAACCUUGCUGUUGCUGAGCUCCGUACUAUGGUUCACUCCCUAUUCUUAGACUCAUGUGCUUCAGUAGAGCUUUCCUCUCGCCUUCUUUUUGUUGUUUUAACAGUCUGUGUUAGCCAUGAAGCACAGCCCAAUGGCAGCAAGCGACCCAAAGGUGAAAUUUCUUAUUCUGAAGAAUCAGGUGAAGAUACAAAACGACUCAAUGGGAAGAAUAGAGACAUGGAGAGUAAACAGGGAAAGAAACAGGGUCCGGUAGCUGCAUUUGAUUCUUAUGUUAUUGCGGCUGUUUGUGCUUUAUCCUGCGAACUUCAGCUCUUCCCUUUGAUCUCAAAAGGAUGUGAACAGUUAGAUGCCAGAAGUCUUGGUGAUUUAGCUAAGCCUGCAAAAGUAAAUGGCCUAUCCAGUGAUUUUCGUAAUGGUGUUGAUUCAGCUGUUUACCAUACUCGUCGGAUGCUAACAAUUCUAGAGGCACUUUUUUCUCUAAAACCAUCUUCCAUUGGCACAUCAUGGAGUUACAGUUCAAAUGAAAUAGUGGCUGCUGCUAUGGUUGCAGCACAUGUCUCUGAUUUGUUCAGACGUUCAAAGGCUUGCAUGCGAGCUCUUUCUGUUCUGAUAAGAUGCAAGUGGGACAACGAAAUUCACUCUAGAGCAUCAUCGCUUUUCAAUCUAAUUGACAUCCACAGUAAAGUUGUUGCGUCCAUCGUUAACAAAGCAGAACCAUUGGAGGCACACUUACUGCAUGCACCACUACCGAAAGUAAUUGCUUCUUGUUUUCAUGGAAAAAAGCUCAACACAUGUUCCAGUUGUCUCCACCUAGAAUCAGGUCAGCCGUCUUCAAUACCAUGUGAAAAGUUGCCUAUAUCUGAAGCAUUGGCCGGUUAUAAGAAUGCUGGUACCUGUGAGGUUGGAAGGUGUACAAUGGGAAAAGGAAUUGCAAGUUUUCCUACAGAUGCUUCGGAUUUAGCAAACUUUUUGACAAUGGAUAGGCAUAUAGGAUUCAAUUGCAGUGCUCAAGUUCUUCUCAAGUCAGUGCUUGUAGAAAAACAGGAGUUAUGUUUCUCUGUUGUUUCAUUGCUCUGGCACAAGUUGAUGGUAUCACCGGAAAUCCAACCAACUGCUGAAAGCACAUCUGCUCAACAAGGAUGGAGACAGGUGGUUGCUGCACUCUGCAAUGUAGUAUCAGCAUCCCCAGCAAAAGCUGCUACAGCCGUUGUUCUUCAGGCCGAGAGGGAAUUGAAACCUUGGAUUGCAAAGGAUGAUGAUCUUGGCCAAAAGAUGUGGAGGAUCAACCAACGAAUUGUGAAAGUGAUUGUUGAGUUAAUGAGAAACCAUGAAGCUCCAGAGUCAUUGGUAAUUCUUGCUAGUGCCUCAGAUGUCCUCCUCCGUGCCACAGAUGGGAUGCUUGUUGAUGGAGAGGCCUGCACAUUACCACAGUUGGAGUUGCUGGAGGUGACGGCCCGAGCAGUUCAACCAGUGCUUGAAUGGGGAGAAUCUGGCUUGGCAGUUGCAGAUGGCCUUUCAAACCUGUUGAAGUGUCGGCUUUCUGCAACAGUUCGAUGUGUCUCUCACCCAAGUGCCCAUGUCCGUGCACUCAGUACAUCAGUUCUUCGUGCCAUUCUACACGCGGGCGCAAUCAAAUCAAAGAGCAAACAAGUGAAUAUCAAUGGAAUCCACGAGUCCCGUUACAAUUACAUGAAUGCAGGCAUCACCAAUUGGCAAGCUGAUAUCGAAAAGUGUUUGACCUGGGAAGCCCAUAGCCGGCUCGCAACCAGCCUGCCCAUUCAGUUUGUCGAUGCUGCUGCCAAGGAAUUAGGCUGUACUAUAACCAUCUGAAACACAGCUCCACAAAAAGGUACAUAUUUCCUAUGAUUAUGCAAGGGCUGCCCGUUGGUUCGAAGGACACUAAACGUUCCACACUUUGGUUGCUACGACAAUUCCCACCGAGCCGGAGCCAGUGGAAACAUCAUCAUGAUAUGUAGAUGGAUCCAGGCUAUACCCAAACCCACCCAGUGUCGACUACGGCCGGGUAUUAAUGCUUGUGCUUUUUCUUAAGAUAUGAAUUUCUACUGACUUGACCAAUAUAGACUGGAGUUUUGGGCUGUGUGUCGAUAUGAACGGUUCCUCAGCAUCAGUUAGACGUUUCCUAAGUAUGUGUAAUAAAUUCAGUGUGUUUCUGUACCCAGAUCUUCCUUCUUCAUCACCUUAAAUAUUUGACUCUUAUAUAUUUAAUCAAUUAAUUCA